AUGUCUUCCCCAACAGGCCCGAUUACUACCCCCUUGACCACCCUUCUCGGGAUUCGCCACCCCAUCCUCCUGGCCGGUAUGGCACGCACCUCAGGCGCCCGCCUCGCCGCAGCCGUGUCCAACGCCGGCGGCCUCGGCGUGAUCGGCGGCUUCAUGUACACGCCCGCACAGCUCCGCGAGAUCAUCGCCGAGCUGAAAACCCACCUGCGAUCCCCGGACCUGCCGUUCGGCAUUGACCUGGCCCUGCCGCAGCUCGGGGGGUCGGCGCGCAAGACCAACCACGAUUACACGGGGGGCAAGCUGGACGAGCUGAUCGACAUCACGAUCGAGUCGGGAGCCAAGUUGUUUGUCAGUGCCGUCGGGGUGCCGCCCAAGCGGGUGAUUGACCGGUUGCAUGGCGCGGGGAUACUCGUGAUGAACAUGGUGGGACAUCCGAAACACGCCGUCAAGGCGCUUGAGCUGGGCGUGGAUCUGGUUUGCGCGCAGGGAGGGGAGGGCGGCGGCCAUACGGGGGAUAUCGCGAAUAGCGUGCUCAUUCCGGCCGUGGUGGAUGUCGCGAGGCAGUAUCGGCCGCGGAUGCUUGGGGGCGAGCAGACGGCGCUUGUGGUGGCGGCAGGCGGGAUCUCGAACGGGCGGGGGCUGGCGAGCUCGUUGAUGCAGGGCGCGGCCGGCGUGUGGGUUGGCACGAGGUUCGUGGCGAGUGUCGAGGCCGGGUGCAGCGAGGAACAUAAGCGGGAAGUGGUGAGUUGUGGGUUUGACGGCACGGAGCGGACGCUGGUGUUAAGCGGGCGGCCGCUGCGGAUGAAGACGAACGAGUACAUCCGGAAGUGGCAUGCGCAGCCGGACAAGAUUCAGGAGCUGUGCAGCAAGGGCAUCGUGCCGAUCGAGCAUGAUCUGGAGCAGGGCAAUGAGAUUGACGUGCCGCAUCUCAUGGGCCAAGUGGCCGGCGCAAUCAAGGAGGUGCAGCCGGCGGGAGAGAUCGUCGACGAGAUGGUCGCCGAGGCGGUUGAGAUGCUGAAGCUGGCCAAUACAUAUCUCGGCGCAAACAAGGAGAGCAAGCUGUAA